ACUGUUAUUUUUGCUAAAAAUAGCUCAGAGCCUCUCUAAUCACAACCUUAACAAACUAAACAAUAACAGAUCAAGUGCCUUUCAGUUGUGGUAUGGAUUCAUGGAAGUUAGAACCCCAAGAGGGCUAUAUACAUAUCACCAUUUCUCCAUGUUUCCAUCUGAGCCAGCUGCUGGAAUAAAUAAACAGAACUCUGUAUUCUCCACACUGUUUUAAACUCUUGAUAAUGGCGUGCCAUGGAUUUCUAGGGACACCGACCCUGAAAUCAUCACAUGGACGUCAUAAUCAUGGAAGGAGAAACCGGCACCAACGUCAUCAGUCCACAUGUUCGGCUGCAGCUGUUGCAGCAGCUGGCUCCAUCUUCACAUCCCUCAACAAGUCUAUCUUCACAUUCCACAACCGUCUCUUGCGUUGCUUCUCUAGGGUUUUCCGUCCGACUAGCUCAACUCCUAGCCGUAAACAAGGCUACAAAAAGCUCAAGAAACACAAGCAUCAUCAUCAUCAUCAUCAGCCUCCAUUGGGAAAACAUAACGACAAGAAAAGAACCAUCGUUCUUGAUCUCGAUGAAACAUUGGUGCACUCAUCUAUGGAACCACCAGUCCGAGCCAACGUAGAUUUCAUGGUGAGGCUAAAGAUCCAAGGAGUGGUUAUACCCAUGUUUGUAGUGAAACGACCAGGAGUCACCGAGUUUCUUGACAGGAUCGGUAAGAACUACCGGGUGGCGGUUUUCACAGCCGGUUUGCCUGAAUAUGCUUCACAGGUUUUGGAUAAACUAGACACGAACCGUGUGAUCUCACAGCGGCUAUACAGAGAUUCAUGCACAGACAUGAAUGGGAGAUACGCCAAAGACUUGUCUCUGGUGGCUAAGACAGACCUCGGGAGUGUUUUGCUAGUUGAUGAUAACCCUUUCUCAUACUCGUUGCAGCCAGACAAUGGAGUUCACAUUAAGCCUUUUGUCGAUGACAUGGAAGAUCAAGAACUGAUGAAACUUGCAGAGUUCUUCGAUGGAUGUUAUCAGUAUGAAGAUUUAAGGGAUGCAGCAUCAGAACUUCUAUAUAAGAAAGUGACUUGAUCCACACUCUGUUUUCAAUUUUGUUUUUGCGUUGACAAAGGAUGAUUUCUUCCUUUUUCAACGUUGUUACCUAUAUAAUGUGUUACUGGAAAAUGUUUUAUAUAAACAAGAAAAAUCGGUAAUGAAAAAAAGAAGUUUUGGACUAGUACAUUAUUUGUUAAAUACACUUUGAAUCUUGUAUCAUGAUAUGGUCUUUUUUACAUGGAUUCUAAAUUCGUGAGUCUGUUGGCACUAGUAUUUUCAAACAAGUUUGCAUUUUUUUAUAUUUUUUGUUCUUUGUUCUUACAGUCCAGAAAAAUAUCUUAAUCUUCAAUAAAUAAAAUAUCUAAUGUUUAUCAGUUUGGUAAACCACGUUAAAAUCUCUAUAUCGUUUACAUAGCGCGUCAGACAUUGAGUACUAGAGAAUGGAAUACAUAGUCUAUAAGAAAGUAGUCUUGUUAGUGAAACAUCCAUUGGAUGCUUUUAAGUUCUUACUAGAAAUGCUCUUGGAUAACACUCCAUACAAAGUUUACUUUAUGAGCUUGAGAUAAUUCACAGAGCAAUCACCCUUUAAGCUAUGAGUUUGUCCAUGAUUGACCUAUCAAACUCCAUUUAACCAUAUGUCUCAUGAAAAUCU